AUGUCUUUAACACGACCAAAAACUCCUUGGGCAGAAUCACCUUGGGUAAGCGGAGCUCCAAGUCCUUAUUACACAAAACAAUCCCAUAUCGCUCUACGUGAAUAUGUUCGUGAAUGGACCGAGAAACAUAUCCCUUCCGAAUUAGCCAUCGAUUUUGAUAAAAAAGGUAUUGCAACUGAUCAACUUUAUCAACAAUUCGCAAAAGAUGGUUUUUUGAUCCCUUUUGCUUUGGGUGUUACCAUUCCAAAGAAAUUUCAUGAUUUAAGCGGAAAUUUACGUUUACCCGGAGGUGUAAAAGCUGAGGAAUGGGAUCAUUUCCAUGAUUUGAUCCUCGUUGAUGAAUUAUGCAGAACAGGCUCAAAUGCUCCAAUGAUGGCAAACUACGGUGGUUUGGCUUACGGCGCAGGACCGAUCGUACAUUUUGCUUCAGACGAAAUGCAAAAGAGAUAUUUACCUGAUCUCCUUACAGGUCGUAAACGAAUCUGUUUAGCAAUCACCGAACCAAGAGCAGGAUCAGAUGUUGCAGGUUUAGGAACAACGGCAGAACGUACGCCAGACGGAAAGCAUUUCAUCGUAAACGGAGAAAAGAAAUGGAUCACAAACGGAAUCUAUUCGGAUUAUUUCACAACUGCCGUUCGUACGAGUGGAAAACCAGGAGAUUAUUCGGGUAUCACUUUCUUGGUCAUCCCCAAAAGCGAAGGACUCAAAACCAAAAAGAUGGAAAUCAUGGGCGGUAGUGCAUCAGGCACGACAUACGUCACUUUUGAGGAUGUAAAGGUGCCUGUGGAGAACGUAAUUGGUAAAGAAGGCGAAGCGUUCAAGUACAUCAUGUAUAACUUCAUGCACGAACGUAUGACGAUUGUGUAUAUUGCCAACCGUCUUUGCCGUGUUUGUCUGGAAGACGUUGUAGAACACUGCAAACGUCGUAAGGCAUUCGGCAAGCCAUUGAUGGAACAAGCAGUCGUUCGUCACAAAAUUGCACAAAUGGCCCGCAAGACCGAAGCUUUAACUGCAUGGAUGGAAGCAACCGUUUACCAAAUGAGCAAGCUAUCCAUACAGGAAGCCAAUGUUAAACUUGGAGGUCAAACUGCAUUGCUCAAAGCACAGGCCACUGCAACGAUUGAAUAUGUUGCAAACGAAGCAGUAAAGCUGUUCGGUGGUAUGGGUCUUACCAAGAGUGGUGCAGGUGAACGAGUAGAAAUGAUCUUCCGCGAAUUCAAAGGAUUACAAAUUCCUGGUGGUUCGGAAGAUGUUAUGCUUGAUCUGGGUACCCGUCAAGCUCUUAAACUUUUCUCCAAGCUGUAG